GCAGGUGCUGAGUGGCUGUCCGCUGAGCUCGGCUGGUGUCUGUUUCUGUUUGUAAACACCACUUGAGCGGAGGCAAGCGUGGAGAGACGGUGUAGCAAUGGCAGAGAAGGAUGACGAUGAAAUAAUCGAGCACCACGUCUGCGAGGAAAUGGAAAAGAAAACGAAUCGCAAUCUAGAUUCCCAUUCAUUUCUAGAAAGUGUAACCCCAUCGGAGAAAGAGGGAAGCAGUAGUACGCAGUCUUCGCACCGGCUACUGGCGUAUAGUGAUGCGCUCAUUUCUAUCAUCGCCACUGUCAUGAUUCUACCGGUUUCACAUACACAAAUAGAGCCAGACAAGGAACUGCAAGAAAGUUUACAACGGGUUUUAGCAGCAAAAAUUGCAGUGUACCUGACAACCUUCCUAAUAGUUACUGUGGCCUGGUCAGCACAUGUAAGGUUGUUUCAAGUGAUUGAACGCAUAGAUGACUUUUUGGCACUUCUUAACUUGGCAUGUAUGAUGCUAAUAACUUUCCUGCCAUAUACAUUUUCACUGAUGGUGACCUUUCAACAAGAUUCCUUUGGAAUACUAUUGUUUUGCUGUUGUGCUAUAGUUAUUGGUCUAAUUCAGGCUGUUAUUGUUGUUUAUGGAUUUGACCGACCCCAUCUACUGAAUGGCCAAAUUCAAAUAUCUGAAAACCAGACCUUCUACAAAUACCAUAUCUUAAAGAUUAUCUUGAGAGUUCCAGUUUUCUGCUUUUUGGCUGGGAUAUUUUCCUUUAUAUAUACCCCUCUUUCAUAUGUUCUCCUUGGAGUGGUUAUAUUCCUUCCUUACAUUACUCAUCCUUUAAAAUGGUGUUGGGCCAAGGCAGUGGGUCACCAGGAAGAACAACCAAAUGGCAUGAUGUUCUACUCAUAUCAUCCAAAUGAACCUCUAAGCAAAGAGCGAAUAGAAUCUUUCAGUGAUGGUGUAUAUGCAAUUGUAGCCACCCUUUUGAUUUUGGAUAUAUGUGAAGAUAAUGUUCCAGAUCCCAGUAAAGUGAGAGAGGAAUUUGAAGGAAACCUGAUUGCUGCCUUAAGUGUUUAUGGACCAGAAUUCCUUGCUUACUUUGGAUCUUUUGUGACUGUGGGACUUCUGUGGUUUGUUCACCACUCUCUUUUUUUGCACAUCACAAAAACAACAAGACUGAUGGGCUUGCUUAAUACUUUCUCUCUAGCCUUUAUUGGUGGCCUUCCCUUGGCUUAUCAGCUAACUCAUGAGUUUCCAAAGAAUUCUCUCAAUGAACUUGAGGCAAUACAAAUCAGCUGUGUUAUUAUCUUUUUUGCUGGAAUCUUCCAGCUUGCUAUCUGGGUUACUGCUCUUUUCAGUGAAAAAGAAACUUUACAUGUAUAUGUGCGUUAUGGAGGUAAAGAACAUGCGUUUAUGUUUGCCAAGCUUGCACUUUACCCCUGUGUUACCCUUACAACAUUCUUUCUCACUUGUAUAUUGAGAAGAUUUAGUGCUCAGAUAUUUCACCUCAUGGAAAUCAUUGUACCAUUUGCCUUCCUAGCCCUUCGGAUUGUUGUAAGAAUAGUCUUAGCACUUUUAAAGCUGGUGUUUUGUCCAUCCAAAUCAGUACAUAAUGCAGAUGAUGAUACUCGUUUGCCUUUUAACCGUGUACUGUCCUAGAAUUAUCAUAUUUCAAGGAAAAUAUUGACAUUAUGAAUGUAUAGAGUAUGGGUUUGUUUAAAUGAGGGUUUAUUGCUGCUACAGGCAUGCUGUCUUCAGUUUAAUACCUGCCCAAACAUUUUAUUUAUAAUACUUAUUAUAUAAUACAAUACAUACAAUUCAAGUAUAGUAACAGUUUCAUGACAAGGAAAAUAUAGACAAUAGAUAAAAACUACUAACCGAUUUCCACAUUGUUUGUUUUCCAAAACAAAUUGUAAGCUUGGCCCAAGAAUAAGUACUUUGCCUCCACUUCCUAGUGUCCUAAAUGCAAAGAAUGUUUUAACAGUUUUUUUGCUAUACUUUUUUUUUGGUUUUGUAAAAUCACUGUCUUUUGCAUAUUACUUCAAAAGUUCCUGGCAGGCCAAAUUUCAAUAGAAACUACACUAAUAAGAUGAAUAGAUGCUUCACUGCCAACCAGGCAACAUAGGCAUCUAUUAAUGCCUAAACCGGGAUAGGAACAGUGGUAAUUUAUUGUGCUCACCUUGCACAUUAAAGAACAUACUUAUUAGUUAAUAUUAAACUGCUGUUUGGAUGAUCUUUAAACAUUUGAAAGUAAUUACAGUGUAUGUUACAAAUGAAUAUGAAUAAAUGUAUAAUUAUACAUACUCUGCUCAUUAGAUUGUACAAAGUUUACAGUUGAACACUUUGUAUUGAGAAAAGUGAGGUAUCAAAAAAGUAACAGGUUACUUUUGUAUUCUCAAAUUAUUUUUAAGAAUCAAACUGAAUAUUUUCUCUAAUAUUUGUUUUCAUACAACAUUUAGAAACAGCUUUAAAAACCAUUAUCAGAUAUUACAAAAUAGUUUAUAGCCCUUCAGAUGACAGAGAUACACUGAUACCAUUGUCUUUAUUAUAAUUUUUGAGAAUUUAAGAAGCCCAGCAAUUAAGCAGGAUGUUUUUGGAGACUUUCCUUCAUUUUGUUCAAAAUAUGAAAUGUAAUUCAAAGUUACUGUAUAAGUAUAAUAUACAUUCCAGUGCCAAAUGGUUUUCUGCAUUUAACUUUGAUUUGUGUGUCAUUUUAGGCUACUGCAUGAAAACAAAAACUAAAAGUGAUCAAACUUACAUAUGCAGAAAAUGCAUUACUAUUUUUUGGCACAUUUUUGUGGCAUCCUUUCUCUUUAAUACAAUUUGCAUAAAAUAAACCACACAAUUCUGGCAAAAACAACCAGCAUGAUUGCAUGCUGUAGUAAUUUGUCCUUAUUGCUGCUUAGUUCCUUUUUUAUUUGGAUAACAGAAAUGUAUCAUUAGAACACUCUAGACGAGAACAGGCCAUCCAGCCCAAAGCAGCUCACCAGUCCUGUCCACUUAUUUCUUCCAAAAAAACCCAUCAAGUCGAGUUUUGAAAGUCCCUAAAGUCUUACUGUUUACCACACUACUUGGUAGCUUAUUCCAAGUAUCUAUCGUUCUUUGCGUAAAGAAAAACUUCCCAAUGUUUGUGCGAAAUUUACCCUUAACACGUUUCCAACUGUGACCCCAUGUUCUUGAUGAACUCAUUUUAAAAUAACAGCCUUGAUCCACUGUACUAAUUCCCUUCAUAAUUUUAAACACUUUAGUCAUGUCACCUCUUAAUCUUCUUUUGCUUAAACUGUAUAGGCUCAGCUCCGUUAAUCUUUCCUCAUAAUUAAUCCCCUGUUGUCCUGGAAUCAGCCUAGUCGCUCUUCUCUGGACCUUUUUGUAGCCUGGAGACCAAAACUGCACACAAUACUCAAGAUGAGGCCUCACCAGUGCAUUAUAAACGUGGAGCAUAACCUCCUUGGACUUGUACUCCACGCACUGUGCCAUAUAACCUAACAUUCUGUUAGCCUUCUUAAUGGCUUCUGAACACUGUCGGGAAGUCGAUAGCUUAGAGUCCACUACAACUCCUAAAUCCUUCUCAUAAGGUGUACUCUUGAUUUUCCAACCACCCAUUGUGUAUUCAAAUGUAAUGUAAUCAUGUAAUGUUAAAUGAUGAAUGAAAGAGAGUAAGUUGCAGGGUCUCUGCUUUCUUACAGAAUACUGCAAUGGCAUAUUUGCAUAAAAUGGCACCCUGUGUCAGGAAAAAAACACUUAUUUCCACACUCCUUUUAGAUGGUACCUUUAACAGUGCUUCACAUUUUCUGGCUUUCUGUAAAGCUGUAUAUAGAUUUGUUUCACUUUGUGCAUAACGCAAACUAAGUUUUCCUGGUUAAGUAUGUUUUUUCAAUUCGCAGCCUAAGUCCAGCUUUCAUUUUUAUAUUUAAAAAUCUCAUACAGAUAACAAGAAGUUUUAUUUAUUUGGGUUUCUUGUUUUAUAUUAUUGAUAUCUUUUAUUUUAAAUUAAGCAAACUGACUACAGCCGUAACACAUUUUCCUAAAGUGUAAGCAGUGAUUUAGCUAAAAAAGAAAUGCAUCUAAAUAGUUGUACUUAAUUUCUCUAUUUCGGAAGCACCUUGUGAUUAUUUUCUCUAUACAAAUUAAAGACAUUUUGUAACUUCAUCAAGUGUAAAAAUUAGUAUGAAAACUUUCAGUAGAGUUAAAAUCUGGACAUUACAGUCUGUCAAAAAUUGAGUGUAUUCCUAACGCAUUGGUUUGUCUUCUUUUGUACAGUUUAUGUUUACAGCCUUUUGUAUAUACAGUAGUGUAAUGAAAUUCUUAUUUGCAUGUCUCCCACAGACUGUCUAGAUACAGUAGUACAAUACCAACAACACGCAACAAAAGCAAACAAAGUGAAUACAUCAUUAAAUGCAACAUCAGAUGCUAUACAGGGUGAUUUAAAACAUUGAACACUUUCAAAAGUUGAUUACUCAGUACGUCUCAUCUGAACAUGUAGCAUGCACUGAAGUGUUCAGUUGUUUUUGAAUCACCAUAUGUACAGAAUACACUCAAGCACUUGUGAGUAAGGGCUACUGCUACCUUAUGGCCUAUGGCAGUACCUGUCCAUGAAUCUUGUGGUAUAACUCCUAAUGGUACUGUAUUGUUCGCUGUAAUGGAGGAGGGACAAAAGUGAUUGCUCAGGAUAGGAUGACUGAGGUCUUUUAUAUUACUGUCCAUCUUUCUAUGGCAGCAUAUUUUAUACAGUGGUGUGCAAAAGUGUUCAAUCCCUUUGAAAAUCAUAAUUUUCUGCAUGACAAAAUAUUUGUACACAUAUUUAUACAUUCAGUAUUUGUAAUAUAACAAUACAUGAAAGUCAAAUGAAACCAGACGUAGAUAUUUAACUGAAGAUGAAAAACUCAAAAGUUAGUGCUUGCAUAAGGAUUCAAGCCCUACACAUUAAUACUUUGUUGAGAACACUUUUGCUGCAAUAACGGCCUUAAUUCUUUUGGGGUUAGUAUGUACCAGUUUUGCACAUUGUUCAGUAGUGAUUCAUCCCCAUUCUUCUUGGCAGAAUUUAUAGAGAUCCUCUAGGUUGGUAGAUUGGCGCCUCUGGACAGCAGUUUUCAAAUAGUGCCACAGAUUCCCAAUAGGGUUAAGAUCAGGGCUUGGACUUGGCCAUUCCAGAACAUUCACCUUUCUGUUUUUGAGCCAUUCUAGUGUCACUUUAGCCUUAUGCUUAAGGUCAUUGUUAUUUUGAAAGAUGAAUCUUCUCCUGAGAUGUAGGUUCAUAGCAGACCUAUACCAUGAUGCUGCCACCACUGUGUUUCGCCAGAGGUAUGUUGUUUCUUGAGGCAUGCGCAGUGUUAAUUUUACACCACACAUACCUCUUUGAUGUCUGGCCAAAAAGUUCUGUUUUGGUCUUAUCUGACCAUAAAACCUUCUCUCAUAUCUUAACUGGGUCUUUCUCAAUUUUUUGUAUCAAAUGCAAUACAUGUAUUUAGUUGGAACUUCUUAAGGAAUGGCUUCUUUCUUGCUACCCUUCCGUAAAGGCCAUUUUUAUGGAGAGCUCUUGAAAUUGUGGACCCAUGCACCUUCACUCCAGUUCUAGCCAAAGAGUAUUGCUGACUUCUAAGAGUGAUGAUGGGAUUUGUAGUCACCUCUACCGCAGUCGACAUCAUGUUCUGAUGUUUAGUUUUUAGGGAUGGCCUGUUUUAGUAAGAGUCUGUGUGCUAUGAUGAGCCCUCCACUUUCUGAUGAUGGAUCCAACAGUGCUUUUAAUGGGACAUCCAGACUCUGAUAUUUUUUGUAUCCAUUUCCUGUGUUGUGCAUUUCAAUGACUUUGUUUCUCACAACAGCAGAAUGCUCCUUUGUCUUCAUUUUUGCAGUGAUUGUCCAACAAAAACUAUGGCCACUACAAAGGAUGCUUUUUAUAUCCAGAGAGAUAUUCAGGACUCAUAGGUAGUACCUAAUUAAUUUAAUUAUAGUCACAUGAUUGUCACCUUUGUGUCAUUUGUGUAAACCUGGAGCUUCCAAAGCACAGAGGUUUAAAAUCUUAUGAAAACACUAACAAGUUUUUUUUUCUCUUUAGUUAAAUAUCUACAGAAAAUGGUUCAUUUUGAUUUUGGAAAUAUAUUCUUACAGUAUAACAGUUCACAUUAAAAAUAUUGAAUGGAUAAAUAUGUAUCCAAAUCUUUUGUCAUGCAGAAAAUUAUGAUGACUUUCAAGUGGAUCAAAUACUUUUGCGUUCCACUCUAUAUGUACUGGAAAUAAAGGAACUGUGUCAGUGUAAUAUUCUAAUGUAUUGACUUCACCAUCCUCAAAGUUGCUUUACCAUACUGAGCUGAUGUAGAUGUCAUACAAAGAUGUAAUGGAGCCUGUGACUUUAAUCUUCAAAGAGGACCCAUGUAAGCUGGAAAACUUAGAUGGAGACAUCCUGACUUUGCUCAGACAUAUGCAGAACUAAAUGUAUUAGUGAGUCUUUGAUG